GCGGUCGUGAAGAGACCCAUGAAGUCCCAGUAAUAGAGAACUAUAAAAUGACAACGCUUCAAUAUUUGGGAAUAUCAGUACUUUUCAUCAUCGAUCUGUUGGGAGCUGUGAAUGCUGAAGUCAAUACAUUGACAGGGAGAGAGGGGCAGUCUGUCACUCUACACCCUGGACUAACUGGACUACAGGCUGAUAAGAUAUUUUGGUUCUUUGGUCCAGUCAUUCCAAACACCUCAAUAGUUGAGAGUCAGCUCAUCAGAGGAGAGAACAUCACAGAAUUCAAAGGAAGAUUCCGAGAGAAACUGCAGCUGGACAGAGAAACUGGAUCUCUCACCAUCAGAAAUCUCACCCUCAACAACUCUGGAGUUUAUCAGCUAGACAUUUUCAAUACACACAAAACAUCUCAGAGAUUCUAUCUAACUGUCUAUGCUCCAGUACCACUUCCUCAAGUCAAAAAAAUCCCCGAAGGUGAUUUUCUGGACAGUUCAUCAGAGAAGGGGAGCUGUUCAGUGGUGUGUUCUGUGGAGAACCGGAGAGACAUGACCCUGUCCUGGUACAGAGGAGAGAAGAGACUCAACCAGACCAGCAGCCCUGACCUCUCCACCAACCUGUCUCUCCCUCUGGAGAUAAAGCUACAGGACAACAAUAUCUACAGCUGUGUGGCUGCCAACCCAGUCAGCAACCAGACAACCAAACUCAACAUUGAAACACUCUGCCUUCAGUUUGUAGAUCCUAAUCGAAUCACAAUCGUUGUGAUAGUCCUUGGAAUAGGCCUAAUGUUAUUUAUCGUAAUAUGCUGCAUCUGGAAAAGGAAAUAUAUUAAAGGGUGCUGUGUAUCCACCUCAGGGAGUCCAGAAGAGGAGGACUCUGUGGUCGGUCGUGAAGAGACCCAUGAAGUCCCAGUAAUAGAGAACUAUAAAAUGACAACGCUUCAAUAUUUGGGAAUAUCAGUACUUUUCAUCAUCGAUCUGUUGGGAGCUGUGAAUGCUGAAGUCAAUACAUUGACAGGGAGAGAGGGGCAGUCUGUCACUCUACACCCUGGACUAACUGGACUACAGGCUGAUAAGAUAUUUUGGUUCUUUGGUCCAGUCAUUCCAAACACCUCAAUAGUUGAGAGUCAGCUCAUCAGAGGAGAGAACAUCACAGAAUUCAAAGGAAGAUUCCGAGAGAAACUGCAGCUGGACAGAGAAACUGGAUCUCUCACCAUCAGAAAUCUCACCCUCAACAACUCUGGAGUUUAUCAGCUAGACAUUUUCAAUACACACAAAACAUCUCAGAGAUUCUAUCUAACUGUCUAUGCUCCAGUACCACUUCCUCAAGUCAAAAAAAUCCCUGAAGGUGAUUUUCUGGACAGUUCAUCAGAGAAGGGGAGCUGUUCAGUGGUGUGUUCUGUGGAGAACCGGAGAGACAUGACCCUGUCCUGGUACAGAGGAGAGAAGAGACUCAACCAGACUAGCAGCCCUGACCUCUCCACCAACCUGUCUCUCCCUCUGGAGAUAAAGCUACAGGACAACAAUAUCUACAGCUGUGUGGCUGCCAACCCAGUCAGCAACCAGACAACCAAACUCAACAUUGAAACACUCUGCCUUCAGUUUGGAGAGUCUGAUCCUAAUCUAAUCACAAUCGUUGUGAUAGUCCUUGGAAUAGGCCUAAUGUUAUUUAUCGUAAUAUGCUGCAUCUGGAAAAGGAAAUAUAUUAAAGGGUGCUGUGUAUCCACCUCAGGGAGUCCAGAAGAGGAGGACUCUGUGGUGUAGCCUACUCUGUCAGACCCUGGAUUUUUAUUUAUUUAUUUUCAUUUUACCUUUAUUUAACUAGGCAAGUCAGUUAAGAACAAAUUCUUAUUUUCAAUGACGGCCGAGGAACAGUGGGUUAACUGCCUGUUCAGGGGCAGAACGACA